AUGUCCAGGGCCACCUUCAGCCUCAUGUUUGCCCUCUCAGGGCUCACUCCUGUCAUGGAGCUGAGAUGGGGGUUCACCAACAUGAGAGCAGGUUCGCUGCCCACCUGGCGCUCAGCAGAGGCGCUCCGGCAGGGGGGUGAUGCUGCGGCUGGGAUCUCUCCUGCCGGGAAUACCCUGCACGGCCCCCCGGAGCGGAGCUGCCCCGGGCAUCCCUGCAUCCCUGCCCCGGGCAUCCCUGCCCCGGGUAUCCCUGCCCCGGGCAUCCUUUCCCCGGGCAUCCCUUCCCCGGGUAUCCCUGCCCCGGGUAUCCCUGCCCCGGGUAUCCCUUCCCCGGGUAUCCCUGCCCCGGGUAUCCCUUCCCCGGGUAUCCCUGCCCCGGGCAUCCCUUCCCCGGGUAUCCCUGCCCUGGGUAUCCCUGCCCCGGGUACCCUAGCUCCGGGUAUCCCUGCCCCGGGUAUCCCUGCCCCGGGUAUCCCUUCCCCGGGUAUCCCUGCCCCGGGUAUCCCUGCCCCGGGCAUCCUUUCCCCGGGCAUCCCUUCCCCGGGUAUCCCUGCCCCGGGUAUCCCUGCCCCGGAACUCUAUACCUCUCCUCCUCUUGGUAAAACCGGGAAGUAUGACUGA